CUUCCAGACGACGGGCAUGAUCGCCAGGCCGAGUGGGGACACUGCGGCAAGUGGGUGGCGGUGACUGGAGGAGCAGCUAAUUGGAUUUUGCCAGGCAACAGUGGGUGAGUCCCAUUCCCGUUUUCUCCGAGGCUCACCAUGACCAGAGAGACUAGAUCGAAGACCCCAGGGUCUUCCCUCAGUGGCGCCAACUCGGAACCAGACGCUGGCACCAGUGAGGGAGGGCAGCCAACAUAUUCGAAUGGCCUUAGUGCUGAGAUAACACUCAUGAGACUAAAGAUAGAACUCGAGAAAAUAAAACUAGAGCAGCUCAAAAAAACGGGGCAGCCGCAUGAAGAGAACACUCGGGGUACGGGGGGAGUCGAACGGUAUGCAAAGGAGCUACGUGCGGUGCUGGCGCCAAUGCCCGAGACGGACACAUUGGUACCUGCAUGGUUUAAAGGCGCUGAAACAAUGUUGGUGAGUUGUGAGGUUCCACAGGACCUACACGGGGCACUCAUUUUGCCCUUUCUAAACGAGAAAGCGAGCGCCGUUGUGGCAAACAGAGCAGAGGGACGGGUAUUGCAGUACAAGGAGCUACGAGACAUUAUCCUCGACGAGCUCAGGAUGACUCCGGAUGAGUAUAAGCGGAGGUUUCAUGUCGCACGCAAGCAAAAAGAGGAGUCGUGGGCACAGUUCUCUACCGAUCUGACUACCAUGUUCGGCUACUACAUGGAGAGCCGCGAAGUAGAGACACUAGAUGAUCUAAGGCAGCUGAUCAUUUCAGAUCGGCUAAAACAUGUCAUGCCGGAUGAUGUCCGGGCCUACGUACUUCAGAAUGAAACCAAAGAAUGGCUAAGGCCAAAGGAAGUAGCGGAACUUGCCGAGAAAUUCGAAGAGAGCCAGCGCGAUCGAAACUGGGAGCCCCAGAGGGCGGCCGAGGGGACACAGGUGAACAUGCGGGGUGGGCCUGCGGAAGUUGGGGGCGACCAGCGAAGGGUUGAGAAACCUCGACCGCAAGGGUGCUUUUCGUGUGGGAGGCUGGGGCACCUUAAGCAGAACUGCCCUGGAUUAGUACAUACAGCCGUGGACUCCGGGAACAAACCGGCCUCCGCGUGUCUGUGUGCGGGGGUAAGACCUUCGCCUCGGUCACGCGAGACAUUUGAGACGACGGGGACGCGCAGGCAUGGAGAAACAGUUUCGGGUAUAGGCUAGGUAUAGCAAACCUUUUCUUUUUUUUUUCUGUUCGCGUUUGCAUUUCCUUGCCUGUAGCCAAUGUUAAUUUUUUUUCUGCGGUUUCCUUUAGGUAAAUG